CAAGGUCGAUCUAAUCAUAACAAUAACUCUGCAGCAUGGGCAGUGACAAGCCAGUCAAGAACGCCUCUGGGCGAUACGACAACGUCGAUUUCAGAAAAGCAGCCGGCUACGCAUAUCCCCCCAUCAAGUGUUCUUACAACCGCCGUGAUGUCCUCCUCUUUGCUAACGCUAUCGGCUGCACCGCCGACGAGACACACUUUCUCUACGAGCUGGACCCGCGAUUCGCCGCAUUCCCCACGUUCCCGAUCAAUUUGGGAUUCAAGCAGACAGACCAGGACGUGUUUGACUUCAUCGCGCGGACCGUGACGGGCGAUGUCCCUGGUGUCCCGCCAUUCGACGCCCAGCGCUCGGUCGAUGGGGAGCGCGGGAUUGAGAUUGUGCGGCCGCUGCCAGUCAGCUCGGAGGGGCUUGAUCUUGAGAUCCGCAACACUGUCAAGGGGGUGUACGAUAAGGGCGGCGCCAUGAUUCUCGAAUCCGAAGGCGUCCUCGUCGACGCCAAGACGGACACCGUCUUUGUCAAACUGUCCUCCACAGCAUUCGGCAUCGGUCAAGGCGGGUACAACGGCCCCCGCGGCCCGUCCAAGCAGCCCGUGACAUGCCCUACCGACCGGGCCCCCGACGCCGUGCACACCUUCCAGACCACCCCAGAAGUGGCGUUCCUCUACCGCCUUUGCGGUGACUACAACCCGAUGCAUGCGGACGACGCGUUCGGCAAGCGCGCCGGGUUCAAGGGCGCGAUCUUGCAGGGCUUGGGGACGUGGAACAUCGCUGCGCACGGGGUCCUGAAGGAGCUUGGCGGUAGUGAACCGGGUCGGUUCAAGAGCUUCGGGGCGAGGUUCAAAAGUGUCGUGUACCCCGGCGAUGCGCUGGAGACGCGGAUGUGGGUUGUUGGGAGGGAUGUGGACGGGUGCAUGGAUGUCAGGUUUGAGACCAAGGUCAAGGGGGACGGCAGGAUUGCGCUGUCAAACGGGUACGCGAAGAUUAGAGAGAAGGGGUCGAGAUUAUGAUUCGAAACUGGCUCUAGCUUGUCGUGAUACAAUCUAUUAUGAAGUCAACACUCACUCGCAAAAGACAAUGGGGUAUCGGUACCAAAUGCAG